GGUUUUAGCCUAGGGCUUUUGCUAUAGCAGCAGCAGUAAGCAGGCUGCACAAACCAAAACCAAGAGAAAAACGAAAAAUGAUAAGCGGCGGCAGAAGCUAUGUUUCAUCACCGCCGGCCUUCUCCAACGACGCUAAACGACUUCUCGUUUGCUCCGGCAACUCAGUUUCAAUCUUCAGCACCACCACUGGCUUACAGAUUGUUUCACUGGAAGGCCACACGGCGGGCGUGACCACCGUGAUAGUGGUACCGGGGAGUAAGAUAUUGAGCUAUUGUUGGACGGCGUCGUUGGAUGGAACUAUUCGGUAUUGGGACUUUUCCGUGCCGGAGUUGAUUAAAACCAUAGAUAUUAAGUUUCCUGUUUUCUCUAUGGUGAUUCCAUCUUUGUUAAGCAAACAAGCUGAGACAAGUAAAGAAAAGCAUAAACUUUAUGCUUAUGUGUCUAUUGGAAACACUAAUCAGACUGAAAAUCAGUCUAAAACUUUACAAGGACAAAUCAGGAAAUGUAACCUCACUAAUUCUGGACUUGUUGGUGGACUAACUUUGGCAGAGACACAGCAAUCAGAAACUUUAACUGUUAGUCCAUCUGGAAAAUAUUUUGGUAUCCGGACCAAGCGCAAGCUUCACAUAUGGAAUGUUCCUAGUACAGACGCUGACCGUGUAGCGGUUACGAAGCUCACACUUCAUCAUACAAAAAACUUGGCAGCUGUUGCAUUCCACCCAACUGAAAGAAUUGUUGCUGCAGGAGAUGUGACCGGUAGAAUUUUGAUUUGGAGGGGGUAUGGAAAUGGAUCAUUUGGUGGGAGUAAUAGAGUAAUGAGUGGAAGAUCGAUAAAUAAUGAUGAAGAAAGACCUGGAGUGAGGGGUGAUGAUGAUGCAGAGUCUUGCACCACAUGGCAUUGGCACCCUUCCGAAGUAAAAACGCUCUCUUUCUCUUCAGAUGGAGCCUAUUUAUAUUCAGGUGGAAAGGAGGGAGUUCUCGUGGUUUGGCAACUAGAUACAGGGAAGAAGAAAUUUUUGCCAAGAGUAGGGUCUCCACUGCUGUACUAUACAGACUCUCCAGAUCCUUCUCUUUCUUCAAUAUCAUGUGCAGAUAAUCAAAUUCAUAUAUUAAAGAUGCCUUCUAUGGGUAUUUUGAGGUCCAUUUCUGGUAUUAAGCUUCCAUGUUUAUUUCCAGAGAUGUUCAAAGGCUUAUCUAGUGGGAUUGCUUUCAAUCAUGAUACUGGAUUAGUUGCUGUGCGAGCUGAGAACUACUGUAUCCAGCUAUAUAGUCUACUUGAUGACCGUGGAAUUUCUGAGGUCCAAGUUUGUGAGAGAAACCAUCAACCAGGCGAUGAAGUCACGGUUGUGGUGGCUUUAGUUGCUCUUUCACCGGAUGGCUCUAUGAUGGGAACUGUUGAGGUGAAGCUUGCCGAGGAGGGUUUAGGUGGAUUGGUGUGUCUUAAGUUUUGGGUAUUGGGAUCAGAUAAUAAAUUCAGCUUGUCUACCAUUGUUUAUGAACCUCACAGGGAUGCUGAAAUUUCUUCAAUCACUUUCCAUCCUACUCGUUGUAUGGCUGUAACGUCAUCUUAUGGCGGGGAUUUUAAGGUGUGGGUUUGUAACAAUGGCAUUCAGCGGAAAGAUCAAGUGCUUACAAAUUCUAAGUGGACUUGUUAUGCUGUUGCCUCAUAUAAAAAAAAGCCAAUGACAGCAGCUACUUUUUCUCAUGAUGGUUCCGUUCUGGCAGUUGCUGCUGAAACUGUUAUUACAUUAUGGGAUCCUGACAAGAAUGUUCUUGUGGCUGUAGUUGGGGAGAUUUACUCACCAAUUCGGACUCUCUCAUUUGUUGGGACGUCUGAGUAUCUUGUUUCUGCAUCCUGGGGUUCUAAACCACAUUUAGCCAUUUGGAGCAUGUCAAAGCUUUCUAUGUCUUGGUCAUACAGGCUUCAUGCAGAAGCUGUAGCCAGUGCAGCAGAUGAAUCGUCUUUUGCUGCUCUUGUUCUCCUCCCUGAAUUAUCUAAAUCAGAUCAAUCUAAUGAAACAACUAAAACAAAAGAUGGAGCAAUUUUAUUUUUCAAUGCAGCAGAUCCUGUUCCUACGGCUACGUGGUUGGUGAAUAAGGCCAAUGGAGGGGCCCUUGCGUUUCUUCAAUUAAAUCAAUCUUCUGCAGAAGAAAACAUGGUUGAUGGGAACCGGCCUGGAGCAUUGCUUGCAUAUAUAAAUGGUGAACAUGAGUAUGUUCUAUUUGAUCCUCACGGCAAAGAACUCGGCACAUUGAAGCAGAAUGGUGUUCUUAGCCUUGAAGAAGCAGGGAAAUUCGGGUACGCAUCUCUGUACGGGGAGCUACCAGAGAUCGAUUUGAAAAGAACGGAAACUUCAUUGGUUUCAUCUAUGCCUUCUGAGAGGCCGUGGGAUACCAUAUUUAGUGGCUCAUCACAUAAUCUUCCUCCCCUCACUAAACUAUGUUCAGCAUUUUUGGAAUCUCUGUUGGAGAAGAGGACUGCUGUUGUAGAGUGAUGCUAGACAUCGAUACAUCAGAAAAGAUAAAUUUCAUGCAAAUGCAGCAGAAAAAAACCGACAAUUUAUGUUAACAAUGGGUUCAUACUGUGCAUUUCAUCAAGUCGAAGGCAGUGCGAUUCAUAUUUCUGAAGAGAAAUUGUGAUCGAGUCUGGAAGCAGGCUUCAGAAAUUUUGGUAGGAAGUUGGUAGGAAAAAUGGCUUUGUUUUCUUGGAUUGGUAGUUUCAGAAAAUGUUGUAUUGUAACAGAUUUGGCAGAUCAAAUUGUCAUAUAUUUAUUAUCAUUAUAUCAAAUAUGGUUUUUGCCUCAGGUUCUUUAA